AUGCGCGCUCCCACGCGUUCUCCAAAAGCUUUGCAUUUGCCUUUUAUUUCUCAAGCUUGCUAUCAAUGGCUUCGACAAUCUUCAAAGAAUGAUGCCAUGGAGAAUGUUGAGAAAAAAAGUUCGAACGCCAUUACAGAAUCCGAUGGCUCUACCGGAUGGAGGAUUGAGCAGCUUACGUGUGGAAUGAUCCUAGAAAGCGUAGAUGUGGGAGAAGAGAACGUAGUUUUACCACAAUUGGCAAAAUUUAACGGCAGUACUGGCCCGGCUCGUUCAGCACUCACACCAAGCAGUAAGAAGCAUGAAGGUUGUUAA